AUGCUUCACGGUUUCGUCUCUGUGAGUUGUAGACUAAGACCGAGUCGCUUUCAUACCUUGCACAACAGGCGCUUACGGCAUACAUUAAUUCCAAAGGAAGAUCAACCACCGUUUCAGUCUCGGGAGACAAGCUUUUUGUUUCAUAUGACUAUCACAAUGGGCAAGAGGCCCAACGUGGCUGUCAUUGGUGCUGGUCUAUCAGGCUUGAGAUGCGCUGACAUUCUUAUCCAGAAUGGUGCCCGGGUGACACUAUUCGAAGCGAGAGACAGAGUCGGUGGCCGGGUGCGUAUGAGAAAUGUCUAUAGUCAGAGUCAGCGGUUCACUAACUUCCAGCAGGUACAUCAGCAGAAGAUCCACGAACAUCUUAUAGACAUGGGCCCGAAUUGGAUACAUGGCACUGGGAAAAACCCGAUUGUCGCAAUUUCAGAAGCAACAGGGACAGUGCUCGAAGACUUUGAAGGGAACCAGGCUCUGAUCUCGACAGAAGGCAAGGCAAUCGACGAUGCACUAGCCGCUAGAGUAUCAGCGGUACUGUGGACGACUAUUGAAAAGGCCUUUGAAUAUAGCAAUACGCAUAAAGAUAUCAUUCCACCUGAACGAAGCCUGCUUGACUUCUUCCGCGAGGAGGUGGAGAAGACAGACCUCAGCGCUGCCGAGAAGGAGCUUUGCAUUGAAUCCUGCAGACUAUGGGGAGCGUACGUCGGUGAUCCAAUCGAGAGACAGAGCUUGAAGUUCUUCUGUCUUGAGGAGUGCAUAGAUGGGAAUAACUUCUUUGUGGCGUCGACAUACAAGAAAAUUCUCAAGUAUGUCUCUCAAAACGCUCUCCAACGCGCAGAUAUCCGUUUCAACCUGCCAAUUGUCAAAAUCGAUUCCGAAUCCCGGAAAGCCACGGGAUCUCCCAGCAAAGUGAAUCUCACAACAGCAUCAGGAGAGACCUUCCAGUUCGACGAAGUAGUCGUCACCUGCCCACUCGGCUGGCUCAAACGCAACAAACAAGCCUUCACCCCAGACCUUCCCCCUCGACUUAACCAAGCCAUCGACAGCAUUUCCUACGGCAGACUAGAGAAAGUCUACGUCACAUUCCCUCGCGCAUACUGGCACGCCGGCCCGCAGGAUCCCAAGACCGCCGACAUCCUCAAAACCAAUCUAGAGUACAACAGCUUCGAGAACCCCACAUUCGCCCAAUUCCUCAACCCAGAAUACACCGAAAAACCGAACGGUAUUCUCUGGAACCAAGAAUGCAUCUCCCUCGCCGCUCUCCCCACCUCCUGCGCACACCCCACUCUCCUCUUCUACACCUUCGGCCCUUGCUCCACAUAUAUAGUCUCCAAGCUCAAAGGCCUCGACCCCUCCUCCAAAGAUUACUUCAACUUCCUCAACAACUUCCUCCAUCCCUUCUACUCCCGCCUCUACGGCUACUCAGACUCAUCCCCUGACUGCAAACCAAUCGCCUUCGCCGCAACGCAGUGGCAAAACGACCCCUACGCUGGUAACGGCUCCUACUGCAAUUUCCAAGUCGGCCUUACUCAGGGCGAUCGAGACAUCGAGGUCUUGCGCGCGGGCAUGGGCGCAGACCGCGGGGUCUGGUUCGCUGGCGAACAUACAGCGCCGUUCGUCGCGCUGGGUACCACGACCGGUGCGUAUUGGAGUGGUGAGCGCGCUGCAGGCCAAAUUUGCAAUCUGUAUGGGUUGGGUAGGCUUGGGAUUGGGUUGGAGAGGGACGAUUCGUUGCCUUCUGCUACGCCAAAGGGGCUUUUAUGA